AUGGCGGAAGGCGACUCUAUUCGCCAGAGAAUCGUGUCUUCAGUAUUCACUACCAAGUUGGUGGACGAAACCUACGUUGGGCAUAUCAAGAUCUGGGAGGAGGAUGCUACGGACGACGGUGGCAAGAAACCUCGCUAUAUCAUCUUGUCGAAGUCCAAUAAUGGGUCUGGCUUCAUCCACAAGUCCAAAUUAAAUUCGAACGGCUCUUUCUCCGUUGGGAAGACAUGGAGGCUGUUAGAGCUUCGCGGGAUUGAAGUUCUCAACCCGCUCGCUUUCAACAUCACUAUGUCCCGGACUUACCGGUGGCAAACGGAGAACCAGAAGGAUCAAAGCAGCUUCAUCUCCGACCUGAUACAACUCUUUCGUUCGGUGACAGGUGGCAACGCCCCCCUCGAACUCGUCGGUGUGCGCGAUCCCACGAACGAAACUUGUACCUAUACCUCAUCAGCAUCAAGGCCGCCGCCACUUGCCUUCAGCCGCAUGGAGCGUGCGCCGACCCCCACAAAUGGCGUGCCUCUCCCUCCCACCACACCUCGUCGCAGCGCGGCUCCUCUGAAUGGCUACUCGGAAGCGUCACCUUCAGUGUCAUACACGAAUGGCAGGAUGAGCAGCAUCUCCAACUAUCAGCCUUCAACGCCUGGUCCCCGGUCCACGUCGAGAGCACGACGAGCACGAAGCCCCGCUCGCGCUGAUUCCCCUGACUUAUCUAGGCCACCCCCCACUGCAAUCCCAGAGCGAGCUGGGACCCCGUCGAGAACACGUCCGUCGACACCGUCGCGAGAACCGUUCCCACCUCCGAGCGCACUGCGUCCCCGGCAUGCUCGAUUGCCUUCGAACGCAACCACCGAAACCUCCAGUAGGACGUCCGCAGCUACGACUUCUAGCCAAGUCCCUUCGAUCGCAUACCCUUCCUCGGUCACUUCCGUGCAGUCGGAACCUCAAGCGCAGUACACGAAUGGGUUCAGAGCCACUCGUGACACCGGCGCUUUGGAAAUCCCUACCCGUUCUGGGUCACCUGCUCCUAUAGUGCAGCCGUCGCCGAGGUCAGCGUAUGCUGUAUCACCAGAUGGGCUCGUCCCCUCGCAAUCUAUCACGCCAACACCAUCCGCUCGAGCGACCCCGUCACGAACCACUCCUGCUCGGCAGAUGACUGAAUCCGGUCAGAGACGAGAGAAUACGCGUGUCUCGUUCUAUGACCCGCCGAAUCAGGCUACGCUCAAUCGCGUGCUAUCAGGCGAUGCCAUGCUCCACGAUGCUGGGGACGACGACGGUGAGGGCACAGGUGAAAUCGAAGAUGAGAGCGCGCGUGCAACGCUCGAGAGCGUUGAGGAGAUGCUUGAGGGCUACGAGUGGGCUAGCGACGACAUCCUCGGUCGUCGGGCGCUGACGGGCACUGCGGAACAGAUCGAGGCGAGGUUGUUGGACGAACUCAUGGCACUCGACAAGGCAAACAUCCACUCGUUCAUUGAGAGUGAUGACCGAAUAGUUACUGUGCUCAAGCUCCUGGACGAUGCCAUUAAUGAGCUGGAUAAUAUGGAGAGCGUCGUAUCAUCGUACAAAAUUCACCUCAACGCUGUCAGCGAUGACAUUGCGUACAUUCAGGGCCAGGGACGCGGUCUGCAAGUACAAACGCAGAAUCAGCGCGCCCUUCUCAACGAACUCGAAGAGCUACUGCAAACCGUCCAAGUGGACUCGAGCUCGUUGCUCGCGCUCACGCAAGAAUCAUUGGAGCACGCGUGGAACAUCCAGAAGUUGGAGACUGCGGUGACGGUACUAUACAAAGCUCUGCUUGCUGGGCGAGAUCGAGAUAUGGCGGCCACCAUGGAACGCUUGGACGAGUACAAGAAAUACAACGCGCAAUUUUGCAAACGCGUUCUGGAUUAUCUAUCAAUUGUCUUCACUGCGCAGGGCAAGAUGCUCUUGGGCGACGACAACGGCGUUGCCCGACCUAUGCGUGGUCGUGUUACAAUCAAGGACCAUAGAAACUUUGAGAGCUACCUUGAACGAUACCGCAGUUUGCUGCUCUACCUCAAGGAGAUGGACGAGAGCGCCUAUGCAAAAAUAUGCGCAGCCUACUUCUCUGCAGCUAGCGAAUUGCAUGCAACCCAGAUCAAAGCUCUGCUGUCUAUAUACGGCAAUAUGGUCAAGAAGGCGCCCACCGAGGAGGAAGCUGAGGGUUUCUCUGGUACGACUCCAACGAGCAACGCGUCCAAGGCAGCGCAAGGCAUGCGUCGUGCGGGUACCAUUGUUCGUUCUCCUCUUGAUCGACGGGAGAAGAAGGAAGCGAGUGACGGGGAACUUCGUGCAGCCGAGGCAUUGAGCAUGGUACUGGAGCAGCUCGCCGGGACAAUUUAUGCAGAAGAAAGUUGGAUCGCUAGAUUUUUGCAGAUGGAUGAUGCGGUCGAGACGUUUGCCGAUCAUAUGGGCCUGGAGAACUACUUCCGACGUCAAGCUGCACGAUGGGCUGGUCUCAGCCAAGCAACGACAAAGCUUGUCCGUGGAGCUAUGGACCUCAUCUUCGGCUUUCUCCCUUUGGAGCUCAAGGCUUGGCUGGACAGCGCUAUCGCCCGAGACAGCUUGCAAGUUGUGGGUAUGCUAGUCUCGCUCGAGAAGUUCCAAUCAGAAGCCGAGGAGCGAGGCAAUACUUUCCUCUUGUCCUUGCUGGAGAAACAGCAUAUGCGUCUCAAGGCUUUGUUUGAGCGUCGCGUGAACGACCAAAUCAAGUCCAUUGAGGAGACGAAGCUUACCAGCAAGAAGCGGAAAGGCGUUGCACAGUUCAUCAAGUACUUCCCGACGUACAUCAGUCGCGUCGAGACGCAGCUUAUUGGCGCGGAUACUCUCGAGAUCCGGCAAACGGUCGAUGCUGCAUACGAUAGGAUUGUUCAGGCUAUGUUCGAUGCCCUCAAACAGAUGGCCAAGAUGGGUGGUGACGAAGAGGACAAGGGCCAACUCAAUUACCAUGUCAUCCUCAUCGAGAAUAUGCACUACUUCGUGGCGGAGGUCUCGCAGAUCGAGAUCGGCACCGUAGCGGUGUUUUUGAAACGUGCUGAGGCUAUCUACGAGGAGAACCUGAACGCCUAUGUCAAGAUCGUCCUCCGCAGACCAUUCGCCAAGAUCAUUGAAUACUUCGAGGGCGUCGAGCGUUUGCUUAAGACUACCGCUCCCUCCGAGAUCUCGUCGAACAGCAGCUACUCGAAGUCGUCGCUCAAAAAAGUGGUCAAGGAGUACAACGUGAAAGAUAUCCGGAAGUAUGUCGACGCUCUGUUCAAGCGCGUCGAAAAGCACUUCGAUGAGGCGUCCGAAAAGACGACAAGCGAGGACGCGAGCGCAAGCACUGGAAUCGCCCCUGGGACUGUCCUGGUGGGUGUAUGGAAGGCCUGUGAAGAGGAGCUCUUGCGUAUUACUGGGCUGUUCAACAAGACUAUCAACCAGUGCUAUAGGGAUACAGGCGUGACGCUGGAGUAUUCUGCUGCUGAUGUGGAGGCCGCCUUCAAGCGGCAUCGGGUGACGGGAUAG